ANNAAAAGAUUAAAAUAAAAGAAAAAAAAGGAAGAGUUUUCUUAUGUUGUUGUGUUUGUGCAGUGACUGAAGUUUGCAAAAUUUUGGUUGCAGAGAGGCAGAGAGAGAGGGAGCACUCUCUACACUUUAGUAGCUUUCAGCUCUGCAACUUCCAAAUCUCGUUUCCUCCUAAACGACUUCGUUUCGCACUCUCUUUUGCUUUCAUUCUUCGGAUUUAGGUUUCAGACGAGGAGGACCACCACCGGAAGGGGAAAUGGACUCGCGCACGUAUAAUCCACGCACGGUCGAAGAGGUUUUUAGGGAUUUCAAGGGCCGAAGAGCUGCUCUCAUCAAAGCCCUUACCACCGAUGUUGAAGAUUUCUACAACCAAUGUGAUCCGGAGAAGGAGAAUCUGUGCUUGUAUGGCUUUCCCAGUGAACAGUGGGAAGUAAAUUUACCUGCUGAAGAGGUACCACCUGAGCUUCCUGAGCCUGUGCUGGGCAUCAACUUUGCUAGGGAUGGCAUGCAAGAAAAAGACUGGCUAUCUUUAGUUGCUGUCCAUAGUGAUGCAUGGUUACUUGCUAUUGCAUUCUAUUUUGGAGCCAGAUUCGGGUUUGAUAAAGCUGACAGGAAACGACUUUUCAACAUGAUCAACGAAUUGCCAACAAUAUUUGAAGUUGUUACUGGUGCAGCAAAGAAGCAAGUUAAGGAGAAGUCUUCUGUUUCAAACCACAGUGGCAGCAAGUCUAAGUCCAGCUCUAAGGCACAACGAGCUCCAGAAUCUCAGAGUAGACAGUCAAAGCCAUCGCAACCAAAAGAAGAGGAUGAAGAACUGGAUGAACAAGAUGAUGAUGAACAUGGAGAGACCUUGUGUGGGGCAUGUGGUGAGCAUUAUGGCACUGAUGAAUUCUGGAUUUGCUGUGACAUCUGUGAGAAAUGGUUCCAUGGUAAAUGUGUGAAGAUUACACCAGCUAGGGCAGAGCAUAUCAAACAAUACAAGUGUCCCUCAUGCAGUAACAAGAGAGCUCGCCCCUGACGGACAUGAACCAAGUUGUUCCACCGUUGACAAUCAUUGUUGGGCUCUUUGCUGAUCGUGUUCUGCUUUUCUUCCUAGAUGUUGCAGUUUAUGGAUAGUUUGUGUUUGGCAGAUGUAGGUUUCUUUUCUAGUCUGUAGGAUUCUGCUGUGUUUGGUUUUGUUAGUGUCAACUGCAAUUCAGUCGACGCCUUGGAUAUGAUCAAUUUGUAGUUUAUGCAUUGUUGACUUGGGAAAGUGAAGUCUUUUCCUUAAUGUCACGUUAAGACUAGGUUAAUGAAAAACACAAAUUUAUUUAAAUGGAUGUCUAGUUAUGUGAUUACUAGUUUGCUAA